UCAACGCUGAAAUUUCGUUGCUCGAAACUUGCAGAUUUAGUAACACAAUAUUGGCGUUGAUAAAUAAUUCCUUGACAAGCACCUUGUGGGUACGGAAAAAUCAAUGCCGGAUCGGUGCUCAUUAUCUUCACCACAUCAACACUAUCUCAGCAUUGACUGUAUGUGAGACGCCACCGCCACUUUUUGCUUUCAUAUUUUGUCUGUGCAUCACAUAAAAUCAAAUUGUCAUUGGGAUACAUUUAUUUCGUCAUGUCUAACAAAAUUUUAAAGCAAUUUUGUGUCGUCGAGUUUAUUGCUGACCAGACUAUUGAGGUUGUUCCAAAAACUUGGCUUUCAGAAGACAACAAAAAGUGUACAUUUCCAUCAAACAGACCUAGAGGUUUUAAAAAAAUUCAAGAAGACCCUGACUCAGGACCGGACCCUUUAUGGAAGAGUUGGGAGAUCGUAGUCAAGACAAGCUCUGAUAGUUUUGAUCGUGCUAAUACUAAAGCCAAGAAGCAUUUAAAGCCAAGUUAUGUUGAUAGCAGCGACAUUGAAAUUGGUGCUGGAUCUUCACAAUCCACGGGACAAGUGAAUGUUGAAGGAAUCGAAGAAAUAAAUGCCACGAACCAAGCAAUUGAACCAAUUCCUAUCACAAUUAAUUAUGAUGAGCGCCUCUCCACUUUAAUUGAGGAAUUUCGGGCGUUUCAGGUGACUUCUCUCCAAAAUCAACUGAUUUUACAAGAAGACAUCAAGGACCUGAAAACGAUUAUAUUGCGGUCUCUCAGUACUUCUUCACAAUUACGGUCAAGUAAUAUCGUUUGGCCAAUUAAGAACCAGGAGCAAUUACAGGAAGUGAACGAGAUCCUUUCUGCCGACAACGCUGUAUUUAAUCUUGAGGUUGCAUUCUUCUCGCGACUAGGAGGGGAUUCGGUGACGCUUGCCGUCAACAAUACAUUAAAGGCAGUCAUCAAACAUGAGUUUGCACUAAUUUUGAGGUUCACAGAUUCCUCUAACAAAGCGGCAUUUGGUGGAACUCUGUGCUGUAAAUUAGUUAAAGAUUCCGUUCGCCAGUUCUACUACAAGGAUGGGAAUGUUCUCUCCGAAAAAAUAAAGCUGGAUUUAGUUGAAAGCCGAUUGGAUUCAUUCAUUGCUAAGUGGCUUCGGGACUCAGUUAACAGGGGAGAGGAAGGGAAACAAAAGCGUACGAAGGCGAAAAAUGCAGGCACCGAGGUCAACCAAGCACGGACGGGUGCAGAGGCGGCUGAGUCAAAUGCUGAAUCAGAUUAGAACCGUACGUGCAACUACAAAUUUGCCACAAUCUUCAAACAUUUUCGAAACAACCCCAUUUGUAAGAAAUAAUAGUCUUAGUUGUGUUGAACCUUAUCAAAAUGAAAAUAUUGUAAAUUCAUCUCAAAUUGAAUACAGUCGUACUAGUAGUGAUGAUGAUGAAAGUAAUUAUGAAUUACACAAUGAUACUUGUAUGAUUUCCAACCUUAACCACGUAUCGUCUCUUAGAAACUGGGCAGUAAACCACAAUGUUACUCACGCUGCCUUAAAAGAUUUAUUAGAAAUAUGUCGCAAAUGGUUACCUACUUAUGGCUUCCCAAUUGAUCCGAGAACAUUAUUACAAACUCAGCGAGAGGUUCGGUUACAAGAUGUCGAAGGAGGCCAAUUUUAUCACUUUGGUUUAGAGAAAGGGUUAGCAAGAAUCUUAAAUUAUAAACAAUUUGGACAAAAAUGUAGUAAGGAAGUGGAAGUUAGCCUUGGAAUAGAUGGCAUACCUGUUAGUAAAAGUUCAAAUUUGCAAUUUUGGCCAAUUCUGUGUAAAUUAAAUGGACAUGUUUGGGAUGGUCAUAUUUUUAUAGUUAGCUUAUUUUGUGGGUAUAAAAAACCUCAAUCAAUUGAUGAUUUUCUUGGCCCCUUGGUAAAUGAAAUCGAAAUUCUGGACAAAAAAGGAAUUCAGGUUAAUGAUAAAAAUAUUAAAUUUGUCUUAAAAGCAAUUAUAGCAGAUGCGCCUGCACGUGCAUUUUUAAAACAAAUUAAGAGUCACAAUGGAUACUAUUCUUGUGAAAGAUGCUAUUGCAAGGGAGAAUUUUCGGGUAGGGUUAUUUACCCUGUUGGACAAAGUUACCCUUUUCAUACCGAGGAAACUUUUAAAAAUAAAAUACAUAUACACCAUCAUGAGGUAAAUACGAUCUCUCCAUUUGUCAAGGUUGGGAUUAAAAUGAUUAGUCAAAUCCCACUUGAUUAUAUGCAUUUAUGUUGUCUCGGGGUAAUG